AAAGCUAAAACCAAAGUGAUUUAAGGACCUCUUUUCAUGACAAGCGGCCAACGAGGUAUUUUAUUUGUAAAAUGUCCUUUGUUUCAUGUUUGCACUAAAUGUUUUGUAUUUCGUCGUAUGUGUAUGAAAGUUACUGUGUAUUCGCUGAUGUAUUUUGUACUGAUUACUCACUAUAUAGUUCUCACGGCGUGGAGGCGCGGAGGCGUGACGGAGUGAGUAACAAGAGCCCAAGCAAUAAACGCCCGUUUAAAAGAACCGACCUGUGUCUGUGUUGUUGUGAAGAGAGCUACAGUGAGAACUCGACUGCUCAAUACGGGGCUUUCUCAUUUCACAUGUCCACACAUUGAGGUGUCUAAUGACCUCCAGCUCAGGGCUGUCGAUGUGAGAAGUGAAUCAGUGAAGAGUUUCCCACAGAGCAUGGCCUCUGCCAAAGAAGAUGGCGUGGAUGAAAUAACGGUGUUCAUUAAAGAAGAGGACUGUGAGUGGCUCACACCAGAGGAUGUGUGUGUGAAGCUGGAGGAUCACGAAGAAAUAAUUUCAGUUUUUAAAGUGGAGGAGGAGUUCAUGGGGGUGACUGCUGCCAUUAAAGAUGAGGAUUUGAAUGAUUUCUCCAUUGGUCUUGAACUUCAGAAGCAUGAAACUGAGGAUAAUUUCAAGCAAGAUGCCUGUGAAGAAUCUACAUCCAGUUUACAGCCCUGGUCCACUAAUACGGGACGACUGGCUACACAGGAGAAUUCUGCAGAGCUGAAAUCCCAGUUAUCAGAGUCUGAAGAGAAAAUCACCGAGGGAAAUGAGAGAGAAGGUGAAGAGUCACCUGGGCGUGUUGGAAUAAAUUUACAGAAGAAUGGCAGCUUCUCUCCACCUUCAUUUGGUCAGCACUCUCUUCAAUACAAUCAGAAUGGUAUAAUGAAAUCAGAAAUGGGAUCAGAGAACCUGAGAGCCGCCUUUUGGCAGUGCAGUUCUCUCCCUGCUGCUGGAGCAACACAGACAGAAGCUAUCAAAACUGAUCAACAACAAGUGGAGAAAGAAAUCCAAAUUCAUACUGGAGAAAAAUGUUUGGAAUGUGGCAAACAAUUCACAUACAACAGUGAUCUUAAUAUUCAUAUGAAGAUUCACACAGGAGAAAAACCAUAUUGUUGUCAUGAAUGUGGAAAGUCAUUGUCAACGAGAUGCAGUCUUCAGAACCACAGAGGAAUCCACACAGGAGAAAAACCUCAUUGCUGUUCAGAAUGUGGUAGGUUGUUCUCACGGAGAAGUGAACUUCAGCGGCACAAAAAAAUUCACACUGGAGAAAAACCUCAUUGCUGUCCAGAAUGUGGUAAGUUGUUCUCAUGGAGAAGCUGUCUUCAGAGACACAGAAGAAUACACACUGGAGAAAAACCUCAUUGCUGUCCAGAAUGUGGUAAAUCGUUUCCAUGGAGAAGUGAACUUCAGCGGCACAAAAAAAUUCACACAGGAGACAAACCUCAUUGCUGUUCAGAAUGUGGUAUGUUGUUCUCAAGCAGAAGCAAUCUUCAGAGCCACAGAAGAAUCCACACAGGAGAAAAACCUCAUUGUUGUGCAGUAUGUGGUAUGUUGUUCUUAAGCAGAAGCAAUCUUCAGAGCCACAGAAGAAUCCACACAGGAGAAAAACCUCAUUGCUGUCCAGAAUGUGGUAAGUUGUUCUCAUGGAGAAGCUGUCUUCAGAGACACAGAAGAAUACACACUGGAGAAAAACCUCAUUGCUGUCCAGAAUGUGGUAAAUCGUUUCCAUGGAGAAGUGAACUUCAGCGGCACAAAAAAAUUCACACAGGAGACAAACCUCAUUGCUGUUCAGAAUGUGGUAUGUUGUUCUCAAGCAGAAGCAAUCUUCAGAGCCACAGAAGAAUCCACACAGGAGAAAAACCUCAUUGUUGUGCAGUAUGUGGUAUGUUGUUCUUAAGCAGAAGCAAUCUUCAGAGCCACAGAAGAAUCCACACAGGAGAAAAACCUCAUUGCUGUCCAGAAUGUGGUAAACGAUUCUCACGUACAAGCGCACUUAGGUGCCACAGAUGGAUCCACACUGGAGAGAAGCAGUACACCUGUUCUGAAUGUGGUAAAGAGUACUCUUGCAGAAAAAGUUUUCUGAGACACAUGCAAAGUCAUAUUGGAGUAAAGCCUGUCCCAGAAAUGACAAAUGAUCUUUCCAGUGGCUCUUCAAGCAAAAAAAAAAUGAAGGAAUAUCUUGUGAAUGAGGUAAAGGACUCUAGUUCAAAGUAGUUAAUAAAUACGUAAGAAUAGUGGAGAAAACACGGAAAGUGGCAAACAAAUCCUAGAUAUAAGGUAACCU